AUGAGUCUCUCUGCGAAGGACAAGGCAACAGUGAAGGCCUUCUGGGCCAAGAUCUCUUCCAGUGGCGAGGCCAUCGGCGCAGAUGCUCUGUCCAGGAUGCUGGUGGUUUACCCACAGACCAAGACCUACUUCUCCCACUGGAAGGACAUGAGUCCCGGCUCUGCUCCAGUGAAGAAGCACGGAGCCACGGUGAUGGGUGGAGUAGCUGAAGCUGUGGCCAAAAUCGACGACCUGACCUCAGGUCUCCUGAGCCUGAGCGAGCUGCAUGCCUUCACUCUGAGAGUGGACCCUGCCAACUUUAAGGUAAAGAGAAGUUUAUUUACUAUUCUCUCCCACAACAUCCUUGUGGUUUUGGCCAUCAUGUUCCCCACCGACUUCACUCCUGAGGUCCAUGUGGCCAUGGACAAGUUCCUGGCUGCCGUGGCCCGUGCGCUGUCCGAGAAGUACAGAUGA